AUGGGGAUCCAUCAGACCGAGGGGAAGCUGCUGCCUGUAGGGGAUUUGCUGGUGGAAUGGUUCCACUCCCAUGCUCCAGGGCAGAAAGGAAUUGCCUGCCUCCAGCAAGGAGCAGCAGCAGCAGGACCAGUUUGUGGCCAGCAGAGAGUCUAUAGCCGGAUCGUCGGCGGGGUCAAUGCCCUGAGAGGGGAGUGGCCCUGGCAGGCCAGCCUGCAGCUCCGCGGGGAGCACAUGUGUGGAGGGACCCUGAUCGGUGACAAAUGGAUUCUGUCAGCUGCUCACUGCUUCAUCGGGAAAGACACGACCAAGGACCCAUCCGCCUGGAAGGUGGUGCUGGGGCGUCUGCAGCUGAAUGGUGACCCGUUACAGGGCGUAGUGCGGAACGUGUCCCAGAUCAUCACCCAUGAGCAGUACAAAGACUACACCAAGGGCUUGGACAUCGCCCUGCUGCGGCUGGCUGAGCCUGUCUCCUUCAGCCAUGACGUAGGCCCCAUCUGCCUGCCCUACCCCAACCACCGAUUCGCCUUCGGGUCCCAGUGCUGGGCCACCGGCUGGGGCAGGGUGAAGGAGGACAGUGAGUGAGAGGGGAGAAAGGUGGAGCUGGACCUGCUCAGUGCAGAGACCUGCAACUGCAUCCACAAUAACCUGCGCCAGAAGGAGCUCUCCAACCCUGCCGGGCCAGGGCUGAUCUGUGCCGGGUAUCAGAGUGGAGGCCAGGGGCCCUGCCAGGGUGAUUCCGGGGGGCCGGUGGCCUGCUCCGAGAACGGGACGUGGUUCCAGGCUGGGAUCAUGAGCUUCUCAGUGGGCUGCGCCCAGCCCCACAGCCCCAUCCUGCUGACCGAGGUCACAGCCUACACCAGCUGGAUCCAGAACCACACCGGGGGAGCCUCCUUCGCUGUCCAAACUGUGCCACCCCCCUUCAGCAGCGACCAUGGAAAAUGCAGAGGUUGCGGGAAGCUGAAGGGUCAUGAGCUGAGUGUCACUGCCAAGGGGCCUUGGCCCUGGUACGUGAGCCUGCAAUCCGGGGGGCAGCACGUCUGUGGGGGAGCACUCAUCGCCGAGAGCUGGGUGCUGGCGGCCGCUCACUGCUUCAUCGGGCGGCAGGAACCCGCUGACUGGAAGGUGCUCCUGGGUGAGCAGCGGGAGGGGGCAGAGUCACGCUGGCAAGAAGAGAGAGGCCUCCAGAAGCUCAUCCUCCACGCAGCCUACGUGAACAUGACCGAGGGCUCUGACAUCGCGCUGCUGAUGCUCGCCAAGCCAGUGGUGUUUGGGGAGAACAUCUGGGCUGUCUGCCUCCCCUACGACACACACCGAUUCCAGCUCGGCAGCACCUGCUGGGUCAGGGGACGGGAGAAUGCUCGGGCGCCCGCACCGCAGUCGCUACAGGGCGUGGAGGUGGAUCUCAUGGGACCUGUCGCCUGUAACUGCGCCUACAACCAGAGCAGCUCAGCUGGUGAGGCAGUGUCCAUCCUCCCAGACAUGCUUUGUGCUGCCCAACAGGAGGCGAACACCAGCUGUGAGGGCGAUGAUGGGGGGCCUCUGAUUUGCAAUGAGAAGGGCACCUGGUUCCUGACUGGCCUCUCCAGCUUUGGCAAUGGCUGCGGGAGGAAGAGACAGCCCGGGGUGUACACAGAAGUUAGAGCAUACGAGAAAUGGAUCAUGGACAUCACACGGGAUGGUUACUUUGCCAAGCAGCCCAUGCCAGUUCCAGUGGUCCUUCUGGUGGAGACGGAGAAAAGCCAGUGCCAACUAGUGGUACCACAAGAGGGGAAGGUUCCGGUGGAGAGGGUGAAAAGCCAGUGCCAACUACUGGUGGUACCACACGUGGGGAAGGUCCCGGUGGAGAUGGGGAAAAGCCAGUGCCAACUACUGGUACCACAAGAGGGGAAGGUUCCGGUGGAGAGGGUGAAAAGCCAGUGCCAACUACUGGUGGUACCACAAGAGGGGAAGUGUGGCAGUAGAGUCAAGGCUCAGUCCCGGUGGAGAGGGGGAAAAGCCAGUGCCAACCACUGGUACCACAAGAGGGGAAGGUUCCAGUGGAGAGGGGGGAAAGCCAGUGCCAACCACUGGUGGUACCACACGUGGGGAAGGUUCCGUUGGAGAGUGGGAAAAGCCAGUGCCACCCGGUGGUGCCACAGAAGAGGAAGGUUCUGGUGGAGAGUGGGAAAAGCCAGUGCCACCCGGUUGUGCCAAACAAGGAGAAGUUUCCAGCAGAAAGGGGCAGAAGUCAGUCCCACCUGGUUGUGCCAAACGAGGGGAAGGUUCCAGUGGCAAGGGGCAGAAGCCAGUGCCACCCGGUGGUGCCAAACGAGGGGAAGGAAAAAAAGUGAAGGGACACAAAGGAAAGAACCAUGUCUCUUAGCCACCGACCCACAAAAGAGAAUUCUGCUCCCCCCACGCUCCGUCUGUUUGCUUCACCCAAUGGAAGAUUGUCACGUGCUAAUCGGCAGCUCUGUCUAUUUCCUGUGCCGUCCCAGCUGCUGAGAUGUGGAAUCAGGCACGAGAGAAGCCACUCGCCUUCAUUUGUGUUCUGAUCCCUUCCCAGUGGGAUCUCCU